AUGCCUACAGUAUACGAGCAGGCUGCCAGACAGGACUACUACGCCGACGCGACACUACUCUCACGUAACUCGCCCAGCACGCCCCCGAUGCAACCCGUCGCCGUGAACCUGAAGCCCAGUCAAUCACCCCCUCCUCAGGUCUCGAGCGUCCCUAUUGUCAUCCCGCCCGACCCCGACGACGGCCAGGAGCAGCGGCGCUCGCUGGGACCAGAGAGCCAAACACUCACCGGCGACAGGACACUCCUCUACUUGAUGGGAGCAGGUCGGAACCUCUACUCCUCAGGGCUGGACUCGACCAGGCCACUGCCGGGCUGUGAUCGAUCCAAUUAUGGGAGCAACCACAGGAACCACCAGCUCACACCGCGCUCAGAAGUACGCUCGAAUGGACAGGAGGACAAGAGUCUGGGCCGGCGGGAGUCAAGAUCCGAUGACGGUGGCCGGUCACCUGCGCGCGCCUUGGGCGGCCCUCACCUCCAAGUACUCGCGUCUGGAGCCUUGGAGGCCGUCGACAGACGAAAAUACUCCGAUCGCGAACAGGCGGCUACGUCCCCUUCUUCGCCACUGGACAUAUCCAUGUCCACGCGCCAACUAUCGAUCCAGGAUCCCCACUCGCCUUCAGCGCCGCGUCCCAUACCACGUAUAGCCACGCACGAGGACUCUCCGAAUGGCUUGCUCAGCCCGCCCAACGGUGGACUCCCUUCCAUCGCCUCCUUUGGACCCGAUCCCGCCGGGCAGUCACUGCCCUCUCUUCGAUCGACGCUCGGCCCCCUCCCGCCCUUCUUUCACCCCGACCUGUCGCCGCGAAGCGCCUUGAGCCCCGUCUACCCUCACUCGCCGCCCUACUUGAGCCCGAAUCAGCUACCGCCCAUGUCAAACCGGCAUUGCUCGCCCCCCAUCUCCCCGCCAGACAGCCACAAAAGGGGCCUGCCAUCCCCUUCGUCCCUCCAGCCGUCGAGUCCGUAUCAUACCCUCAGCCAGGGGUCCUCCCAUCGCCCCAGCGUUGAUUACACCAACGGCGCCGUUGUGGGUGAUAUCCCAAACCCAGAUCACAGGGUACCAGCCGAAGCCCCUGCCCCGGGCGUCAAUCGCAUGAGCAUCGAGGGCAUCACCAACCAAGGUCAAUUUCGAUGCUCCGUCCGCGGAUGCACAGCGCAACCCUUCUCGACGCAGUACCUGCUCAACUCGCAUGCCAACGUGCACUCGUCCGCGAGACCGCACUACUGCCCCGUGCCAGGGUGUCCGCGCGGGGAGGCCGGGAUGGGGUUCAAGCGGAAGAACGAGAUGAUCAGGCAUGGUCUCGUCCACGACUCCCCUGGCUACGUGUGUCCGUUCUGUCCUGAUAAAGACCGCAAAUACCCCCGGCCGGACAAUCUUCAAAGACAUGUGCGAUCCCGUCACGUCGACAAGGACAAGAAUGACCCCCAGCUGCGCGAUGUGCUCGAGCAGCGCUUGGAAGGGCCCCAUCGCGGUCGCAGGCGGCGCGUUGGGUCCUGA